AUUGCUGUCCCCGGAGUAAAUGCUCAGUGCCCUACUCCCGAGUAUCACUGGCAGCGUAACCGGUCGUCACCUGGUCACCGGAGCCCUCUGCUGUUUGUUGUUCUGCUCUCCUAUAGGCUAGUGCUUGACGCGUCGUAGGCUGCAUCUGCUGCCACGCUCGCGUAUAUCUCGCCCUCCUCUUUUCUCCUCCUCCCCACCCCCUCACUCAUCUCUCCUCCGAAUAACCAAAACUUCCUUUCAAAUCCUUUCACUUGCAUCGUGUUGAAACAACUCAAAGCUUAAGUAUUUCACUCUCCGAACCCUGCAUCCUGAUCUCUGCUUUGCCGAGAUAUAUUUCCCUUACCCAUCCCCUCUACUAUCUGUUUGACCCUUCUCCAACCUUGUACCUCCACUCCUUUCCCUAACCACUACAACUCAUCGCUUUCACGAUGUCUACUCUUCCUCAAGAUGACCAUAAAGGUCCUACCUCCGAGGAUGGCAGUUGGGACAUGCUUUCCUCCCGCUCGGAUGGGCUAGCCUCCCCUUCCUCCGAUUUCAACAGAGUUGGUUCCGCAUUUGACGACCUAGAUUCUCACCCAUCCGACAUGGAUCUUUCUCUUACCGCUGACAGCGAUGAAGUUACACUGGCUUUCCAAGAGCGAGAGGAUCUUCUGAACGCGAAACUUGCCAGUGUCGAAACCCAAAUCGACUACAUGACUAGCGUAGCCAACUACCCUGACAUCUCUUCCGAAGAGAUCAUGAACUAUCGUGAGGCCCGAGAGCAGGCCCGAGCAGACACCAUCCGUCAGAAGGAGGUGAACCUCGCGAACCGAGUUCGUUACGACGAGCUUCGAGAGGACCUCAUCAACUCUAUCGAUGACAACCUCUCGCCUGAGCAGGUUCUUGCAAAGAUCGAUGAGUUGGAGCGAGUCGCUAAGGACCUCGAGGAAGGUAAUGCGGCGCUACGCCAGAUGUACGAGAAUCUGGGAGACUCCUCAUCCGGAAGCGAUGAGGAUGAUGAUGACUCAUCCGACUCUGACGAUUCGAGCAUCGAUCCCCCCAACUCCGUUGUUGAUGAUUCAGAAGAACUGGAAUCGCACUUCGCUCACUCAGAUGCCAACUCUGUUCCCGAUAGCGGCAACAAUGAUGCAUCCACAACCAACCAAGACACUGCAUCGGCGGCUCAGGACCGCGCCAGCCAUGGCCAGAACCUGACUGUCGCCAAUACUUCUGAUGAUGAGAAGUACAGAAUCAACGUUGACUCUGUUUUUAACCCCGAUGCCAACGUUGAGUCUCGCCGUGUGCUCAUGGAGGGUAUCCCACAAAACACUACCCUGACCCAAAUUGCCAACGCUGUCAGUGGUCUUGGAGGCCUCGUCCGAGUCUCCGUCCAGGGGAACUUGAUCAAGACUGGAAGUGCCUUCAAACUUGGCUGUGUCGAGUUCCGAGACUCCACCUCGGCGAAGAAGUAUGUCGCCAAUGUCAAGGCCAACGGUCUUGAGUUUGUGGAUGUAAAUGGACGCUUCUUCGACAUUCAAGUUGAGUUGAUCAACACCAAAUCAUCCUAUGAAUCGCGUCACGGACACCCUCACACCUAUGGUGUCGGGCAUUACAGCGAACAUUCCGGUCGCUGUAUCACUCUUGACAACUUCCCGACCUCUGCUAUUUGGUACCUCUUCUGUCGUUUCGGAACUAAGUAUAUCAUCCGUGCUUCGUUUGUUCCCAACGAGAACCAGAUAAACGGCAAGCUGUCUGUCGAGCUGGCUAGUACUUUUGAAGCCGGCCGCCUCUGCGGCAUGAUUCUGCAGCGCAACUUCCUGCCGUACAAUGGGCCUAUCGCUCAGAUGGGUUUUGGCCCUACCCCCUCCGACCGAGACGUCGACGAGCUUACUAGCUCUGUUUCGAACACUAUUGAGUAUGUGUCGCUCAAGCAUCUGGAAGAUGCUUGGAACAUGCAGCCCUACAACGUCUUCACCCCCACUCAGAACUUCGCGUAUGGCGCCCCGAUCCCUCGACGAGCGGUUACAAGCCGCACGUCUUCUUUGACCGUUGAAGUGUCCCGGGUUGUAUCAUACGUCUCAGAAGUCGCCAACAUUGUCCCCCAUAUCACCGUCCGGGAUGAAAAGACCGACACCAACCUCAGAGAAAUCGCCAUUGCUGACAUCACGCUUACCUUCAUUGAUGACAACAUGAAGUAUGUCAUCGUUGGCGGUCAGAUCUUUGCUCGUGAGGUCACCGGAGAGGUCUAUACGAAGGUCGAUGGCCUUGAGCUCGUGGAGCUCAAGCAGGGCAAGGUCCUCAAGCUCAAAUGGGCCCCCUUUUGGAUUCACUACUGCGAGGUAAACAAUCUGCCAGAUAUCCGCAAGUACGCCGAGUAUGGACGCAUCGCCGGUAUUCGCCGUAACCUGAACAAGAAGUUUGGUUUCGCCUCCUCAUGGAACCCAGAGCGCCUCACCGCCGUUCCAACCCAAAUCCUCAACUAUCUCAACCCAAACAGCCGCAAGGUUACCCCUACCUCCGAGUAGAUAUCCACUGAGACUACCGUCGUCCGCGACAACUACGCAGGACAGCUGAUCAACGAUAGAUCAGCAGUGUUCACAUUGAACACAUCAACGGCAGUUCAGCAAUGUUAGCGCUGAACAUAUCAACAACGGUUCAGCAUCAUCCAGCUGAACACAAAUCAACAACACCAAAGGCAAGCAAGGCUUGCGACUAUUUCCGGAAUGUUGUCUGUACGAAGGUGAAUGGUUAUAUGCAACACAUGGGUCAUUUAAGGGCUUUGCUUUAUCCGCAUUUGUAUCACAUUUUUUUUGGAGCCCAGGGG